AUCCAUCUCAAAAAUUCAUAUAAAUCAAAUUAGUUAUGUAUCAAAAUUAUUAUUGUCAAAAUUGUAAUUUGAAUUUGUUGUGCUAAAAAUUUCGUGAUCAUUUUCAAAAUUUAAGUUCAUUUUUCCAUACCCAAAUUAAUCGUGCCCCAAAUCAUUUUUAACCAUGUGUGAUCAGCGCCAAUGUUUAUUGAACGACCUCCGAUGCCUAGUCUCCAAAAUCGGGGGCGACUGCUGCGGGCCCCCUUGCCCGUCGCCAUGCGGGCCCCCCUGUUGCGGGCCGUCGCCGUGUUGCGCGCCCGGCACCUGCCCGGCGCCCACUCAACCGGUCCCCGUGUGCCUGAGCACCCCCAUGCCGCCGCCCCCGCCCCUCUGCGUGCCGCCCAUGAUGCCCAUCUGCAAGCCGUGCGUGCCUCCGUGCGUUCCGGUCUGCAACCCGUGCCCGGAAGAACAGCCCUGCGUGCCGUGCAACCCGCCCCAAAUGAUGGUCGCCUACAGGAUGCCCAAAACCUGCCCCAUCUACCGGUCGAGGUCUAGGGAAUUAAGGUCCAGCAUAUUGAUAUUAGGCUGCGAAUGCGAAAAGAAGAAUGGACUGCAAGACGAAUGCCGAAGAUUCGAAUGCAAAGGAUCGCCCGCUUGCAAAAUGGCGGAGCCCCGAUGUGGACCCAGCGCUUUUGCCGGCGGGAAGCAUCUAGGCAAGUACUUCUCUGGUAUGCCUGAUUUGGAAAGGUACCAGUGUUACCCGGCGUUCGUCAGACUGCCCGUUUGUCCUCCGUGCGGUCCUUGCGGACCCAGCGGUCCUUGUGGUCCAUGUGGUCCUUGUGGUCCUUGCGGACCUGGACCUUGUGGUCCUUGCGGUCCGGGACCGUGCGGACCCUGUGGACCUUGCGGACCGUGCGGUCCUUGUCCCCCACCCGCAGUACCAUUAGUCGCUGCCGUACCACCACCCCCACCGUGUCCGGCAGUGUGUCCGCCACCUUGUCCUCUCGGGAGAGUGUGUCCCGUUGCUCCCGCAUUACCCGUUCCAUUUUGUGUGCCUUGUCCACCUUGUUCACCUUGUCCACCGUGUGCUCCUUGUGGCCCAUGCGUACCGCCAUUCGGAAAUCCACCUUGCCCACCAUGUCCACCAAUGCCUUGUUAAGUGUGAUGCUUGUUUGUAUAUUACCAUUAAAAUGGGAGUUUUGUGAUGUUUUUAUAGCUUAAAAGUAUACCAUUUUUUUAAA